AAACCAAUAGACCAACAUAAUCUUGUUUCUUACUCUGUUAUUGCUGAAUUCUGUCCAAGAUGAAGCCAUUGAGGCUUAAGCUUCUAGAAAUUUCUCUGUUUUAUGUGAUUCUAUGUUUCACACACGUGGUAGCAGAGCAAUACAGAAAAACUUACAUAAUCCACAUGGACAAGACCAACAUGCCGGAGAGCUUCACCAACCAUCUCCAAUGGUAUGAUUCAUCGUUGAAAUCUGUAUCGGACUCUGCAUCCAUGCUUUACACUUACAGCAACGUAAUCCAUGGCUACUCCACGAGGUUAACGGCUGAGGAAGCCGAAGCACUCGAAGAGCAGCAGGGGAUUCUCUCUGUAAUUCCUGAAUUAAGAUAUGAACUGCAUACUACUCGGACCCCGGAGUUUCUUGGGUUGGAAAAGGGUAGUGCGUUAUUCCCCACGUUUGAAUCGGAAAGCGCUGUGAUUGUCGGUGUGCUGGACACUGGUGUUUGGCCGGAGCUGAAGAGUUUCAAUGACGAAGGGCUGGGGCCAGCACCGGAGAAGUGGAGUGGCGAGUGUGAGGUGGGAAAGACCUUCAAAUCGUUCAAUUGCAAUAAGAAACUGAUUGGUGCGAGGUAUUUUUCAAAAGGGUAUGAAGGAGCCAUCGGACCUAUUAACGAAACCGUAGAAUCAAAAUCGCCUAGAGAUGACGAUGGACAUGGAACUCACACCUCAACAACGGCAGCUGGGUCGGCUGUUUCCGAUGCUAGCUUAUUUGGUUUUGCUUCAGGGACGGCACGAGGGAUGGCUACAAAAGCUCGAGUCGCCAUUUAUAAGGUGUGCUGGCUCAACGGCUGUUUUGGGUCUGAUGUUUUAGCCGCCAUGGACAAGGCUGUCAAAGACGGCGUGGAUAUCAUAUCCUUGUCCCUCGGUGGAGGAGGAUCAGAGUAUUACAAGGACAUCAUCGCAAUCGGAGCAUUCUCGGCGAUGGCAUAUGGAAUUCUUAUAUCUUGCUCAGCUGGAAAUGGCGGGCCCUACUCAAGUAGCUUGAUCAAUAUAGCACCGUGGAUAACUACGGUCGGUGCCGGGACUUUGGACCGUGAUUUCCCCACCCAUGUUACUCUAGGAGAUGGACAAAAAUAUUCCGGUGUCUCACUUUACAAUGGAAAGACUACAUCGAAUUCCAUGGUGCCAAUUGUUUAUGCCGCCAACGUGAGUAAUUCAAGUAGUGGCAAUCUUUGCUUGUCUGGAACCUUGAUUCCGGCUAAAGUAGCUGGAAAAAUCGUGCUAUGUGAUCGAGGGGGAAGCUUCAGAGUGGAAAAGGGAUUGGUUGUGAAGGAGGCUGGCGGAGUUGGGAUGAUUUUAGCGAACACAGAAUUUUACGGGGAAGAGCUUGUUGCCGAUGCACACAUCUUGCCUUCAUCAGCGGUAGGGGAAAAAACUGGAGAUGCUAUCAAGAAAUACAUCUCUACCGAGGCUAAUCCGACAGCCACAAUUGUGCCCGAAGGCACAGAGUUGGGCGUUCAGCCAUCUCCGGUGGUGGCAGCAUUCAGUUCAAGAGGUCCAAAUCCAAUCACAAUGGAGGUACUUAAACCGGACAUUAUUGCACCGGGGGUCAAUAUAUUGGCUGGGUGGUCUGGGGCCGCUGCUCCGACUGGAUUAGAAGAGGACAAAAGGCGCGUAAAGUUCAAUAUCAUUUCAGGCACGUCAAUGUCUUGCCCACAUGUAAGUGGGAUAGCCGCCCUCCUGAAGGCUGCCCAUCCGGAAUGGAGUCCAGCAGCCAUUAGAUCCGCCCUCAUGACCACCGCCUACUCAGCAUACAAAGAUGGAAAACCCAUCCAAGAUGUUGCCACUGGCCAACCAGCAACACCAUUCGAUUAUGGUGCAGGGCAUGUGGAUCCAGUAGAAGCCCUUGAUCCUGGCCUUGUUUAUGACAACUCCGUUGAUGACUAUCUGGACUUCCUUUGUGCCUUGGGCUACUCAUCAACUCAUAUCAAGCGAGUCACAAAUAGACACUUCACCUGUGAUUCAAGCAAAAAUUACUCACUAGCAGAUUUCAAUUAUCCGUCCAUUUCAGUUCCUCUUCAAAGUGCUUCAGGAAAGAAGGGCGACGCUGGAAAAGGAGAGGAAACCUUCGACGAAGAGCCGAAGGGGAGAGACAGGAACGGAGACGAUAUAGGACAAGCGGGGGCAGCCGCCCCCCUAAGCCUUUGAAAAUUUCCAAAUAUGGUACAUUAAUUUUGUUUUUAACAAAAUUUUGUGUUUCGA